AAUAACAUCAUUUGUUGAUAUAUCAAGUCGUUGCAAACACAAACCUACCAAACUCAUUUUGUUAACAACUCAAAGAGUCCGCUCUUUCUCCCCCCCUUCUCUUUGGCUUCCAAAUCUCUUUUCAUCUCUACAAGAUUUCAAUCUUCUGAAUCAUUUUCUUUUUCCUCAAUAAUCACAAAUGGCAUUCCCCAAACGUGGCCACAGAUUUUUCAAAUUCAGGGGCCAGAUUUCUUGUCAACUUUUAAGCUUUUAAAUCUUUAAUAUUUCGUCAAUCAAAAGCCAGUUUAUUUCUUAUAUAUAUAGAAAAUAUAUAUUUUCUCCAUCGUUUUUGGUUCAUUAAUCAGAUUAAAUGGCUUCUAAGGGACACAUUUCUGGGUCUGAAGUUGCAGUGAUGGCUUGGAUUAUGCUUAGGAUCGAUUACUCUAUGCUUUUCUGGCUCGUUUUUGGUGUUUUUCCUUAUGAAAACCAUGAAGGGAGACCUCCGAUCAUCUAGCACUUAUCACCCAUCGUUUUUUUAAUCAUCUACGUUACUAUUUACAGCAAAUUCUGUUUUUUUUUUCUUUUCAUUUAUUUUUUCGGAAUAAUUAAAUUUUAUAGUGUUUAAAGGACGAUUAGUUAUUAAUACUCGAUACUUUACAAAUAAAUAGUUCAUUGUAUCACCUUCAAAAGAUACCAUGUACAGAUCGCGAAGCAAUGAUUCCAUCCGUGGAGCAAAAUCACAACUUGAGUACGCUGAAACGGAUCCAUCGGGUCGAUAUGGACGUUUCAAGGAAGUUCUUGGGAAAGGAGCAACCAAAACAGUUUACAAAGCAUUUGAUGAGGUUUUAGCACUCGAAGUGGCUUGGAACCAAGUGAAACUCAAUGAUAUUUUCCGAUCACCGGAGGACCUUCAACGCCUAUAUUCAGAAGUCCAUCUCCUCAAAAACCUCAAUCACACAUCCAUAAUGCGAUUUCACACAUCUUGGAUCGAUGUUGAUAGGAGGACUUUUAACUUCAUAACGGAGAUGUUCACUGCCGGAAGCCUCAGAGAGUAUAGACAGAAAUACAAGCGGGUGCACAUACAAGCAAUUAAAGAUUGGGCACGCCAAAUCCUAGAAGGCCUGGCUUAUUUGCACAACUACAAUCCUCCGGUCAUCCAUCGAGAUCUAAAAUGCGAUAACAUCUUCAUCAAUGGCCAUCUUGGUCAAGUAAAGAUUGGGGAUCUUGGGUUAGCUGCCACUCUUUGUGAAUCACAACAUGCACACAGUGUUAUAGGUACGCCUGAAUUUAUGGCACCUGAGAUGUAUGAAGAAGAUUACGAUGAGCUUGUGGACAUUUACUCAUUUGGCAUGUGUGUGUUGGAAAUGCUUACGUCUGAAUAUCCUUACAGUGAAUGCUCCAACCCAGCUCAAAUAUAUAAGAAAGUCACUUCGGGAAAGUUGCCGAAAGCAUUCUAUCAGAUAGAAGAUGCAGAAGCUCAAGGGUUUGUUGGAAAAUGCCUACAAAAUGCAUCAAGUAGGCCAUCCGCGAGAGAUCUCUUGAUGGAACCUUUCCUUCUCGUUGAAGACACCGAUCAACCGAUGAAUAACUCAACAAUCUCUACCCAAAAUCCUACUUUCAUCGAAAAGAAACCUGAAAAGGUGAUUUCUUCAUUUCCCAAUAUUGUUCCAAUAAGGACUACUGAUAUGACGAUCACGGGCACCAUGAAUGCAGAAGACGAUUCUAUCUUCCUCAAAGUACUCAUUUCUGAUAAAAACGGUAUAGCAAGGAAUAUAUAUUUUCCCUUUGAUAUUGCCAGUGACACAGCACAUGAUGUUGCAACUGAGAUGGUGAAGGAAUUGGAGAUUCACGAUUGGGAUCCAUUUGAUAUUGCUGAGAUGAUUGAUAAAGAGAUUGUGACUUUAAUUCCGACUUGGAAGAAACAACCCAUGUGUCUAAAAAACCUUCAUCAUCAUAGCUUUUGCUACGAUGAUGAUAAUGAUGAUGACGACGAAGACAAUACCCCUCACCCUUUCCAUUCUUCUUCCUCACAGUCAUCAUCUCAAUCUUCUCUCCAGAGCCUAUUGAGACGAUUUGAUGCAGUACAUGAUCGAGCGGAUAAUACCAUGAUCUAUUCAACCCUUGAUCAUUGGAAUCGAGGUAAUGCCACCAAUGGUGAUGAUACAGAUUCUCAAAGCUCAUUAAAUUCUUGUAACUACUCAAACUUCACUUACUGCUCAGAUAUUGAAGAAGAAUAUGGUUCGAGAUCAUCUAUAAGACAAGACCAACAACUUGCUGGGAAGGAGAGUUUUACUAGGUUUUGUGGUGAAGAGAGAGUGAGCACAAGAUGCAGUAGGCAAAAAGUACACCAAGAAACGACCCAACAUAGGAAUAUAAGGAGGACAAGAUCAGUGGUCGAUAUUCGCAGUCAAUUGCUUCACCGUUCCCUAGUAGAGGAAAUUCACAAGCGUCGUUUAUUCAAGACUGUUGCUGCCAUUGAGAACAUUGGCUACCAUGAGCCAGCUUGGUGAGUUCCGGGCAGUGGUUUUGGAUGAUCAACAACGACUUUUCUAGGAAAACUAUAAUCAAAUAUAAAGUUGUACAAAGAAAUAAAGGUUUGAAGGGUGAGAUUUGUGGAUUUGAUUAAUGAUGUGAUAUUUGUAAUGUUAAUGGUGUGUAAAUCAUGAGAACAUGUAUACAAAUAGUUUCAACCAGAAGUGGCAUAUGUAGUAUGAAACUUUGAUGC